CAAUGAAACUCUUAAACUCAAUAUGGAAGAAUUAAAUGAAGACAUCGCAUCUUUACGUCAUGACCAAUUAAAUCAAUUGGCUAUGAACACUGCCCAGGAGCUAUAUGAAGCGACAUUGCAAAAAUCCGCAGCUGGUGGUGGUCGUCAAAGUCAUGCAAGCGUGCAAGAGAAAAUUAAUGCUUUGCUUAUAAAUUUGCGGCUCUAUGAAAAAGGUCUUAAGUCAUCUGCGACUAUUGACCAUACCACAUGA